AUGAGCCACACCAACACACGACAAACACAUAUGAGCCACACCAACACUCGACAACCACCUAUGAGCCACACCAACACACGACAAACACCUAUGAGUCACACCAACACACGACAACCACCUAUGAGCCACACCAACACACGAAAACCACCUAUGAGUCACACCAACUCACGACAACCACAUAUGAGUCACACCAACACACGACAACCACCUUUGAGCCACACCAACACACGACAAACCCCUAUGAGUCACACCAACACACGACAACCACCUAUGAGUCACACCAAAACACGACAACCACAUAUGAGUCACACCAACACACGACAACCACCUUUGAGCCAGCCCACACCAACACACGACAAACCCCUAUGA